AUGGGAUUUUGUAAAGUUAUAACCUUCAUUGCUCUCAUAUCCUGUGUGCUUAUGGAUCAAGGAUUUGCAUAUCCUUUGGAGAAUAUCCUUCAAAGAAAUGAAAAUAAAUUUUGUGGACUUCAAAAUGUUUUACGGAAUAUUUAUGAGGAGCAAUCAUACGAUUCUCUGGUGAUACUACAUUCGGAAGGUGGUUCAGCAUAUUUCCAAUUUGAGGAAGUUUAUCAAAUGGAUUUACCAAAAUUGAUACUCUCCAAGGAUAUGCAGUUUCUUUAUAAGGAUUAUUUUAAUUCGGAAAUUUUGGUAAUUUUAUAUGGACCUAAAGAAGAAAAAGUUUGGAUGGAAUUACUGAGCAUUACAUCUGGAUUAUUGCAGUAUAUGCGCCAAAGCAGAAUUUUGAUUCUCACUGGACAGUAUUGGGAUUACUUUCAAGCUGAUUUUUUUAAUAAAAUAUUUGAGGAAUAUAGGAUGACAAAUGUCAUGCUUAUGAGGCUGGCAGCAGGUUCUGAGAAACCUGCCAUGAAAAAACUACGACCCUAUCCCGAAUAUCAUUGGGAAAAUUGGCAAGGACAAAAUUAUUUCCCUCCUCAAUGGUUGAAUCUUCACAAUAAAACCCUGUGGACGAUUGUGGAACAGACCUCCUCCCGAUCCUUUGUCUACAUCGACUCUGAAGGAAAUUUCCGUAUGAACGGCUAUGUUGCUCGGUUGGUAAUGUUAUUUGCCGCGAAGUAUAAUGCCUCACUGGAAAUGUAUUACCCCCUAAAAGCAGGCAAUCAAACCCAUUAUACCAUCAUUAAUCAGCUGGUAGGUCAGAAUAAACUUGAUUUACCCAUGGCCAUGAUACCGGCAAUCUUCGAAGAGGAAUGGCGUAAUGUAUCCGAUACCUUUGAUAUCAAUGAAAUAAUGUUGAUGGUCCCAUUGGGAGAACCUCUCAGCAUGCUGGAAAUAUUUGGAGCUCUUUUGAAUGAUGAUUUCUUUGCCUGCUAUGUAAUAAUGGCUUUAAUAUUUUCCGCCCUGCACGGACUCAUUGAAUACCUGUGGGGAAAUUUGAAAAAUCCCUGGGAUUUUCUGCUCAACACCAAGGCGUGGCCAGGAGUUUUGGGUCAGGCCUUUGACAUGGUUUCGCCUUCACAAAGGUGUUUAAAAAUUUUAUAUCUUCUUAACGGAUUUUAUGGCCUCUAUAUGGCUACACAAUUUUCGGCAAAUGUCAAUACCUAUUUCACCCAACCUCCCCAUCAUCGUCAGAUCAAUACCUAUGAAGAUCUGCUGCAUUCGAAAAAGAAAAUCCUAAUCAACACGGCCGAUGCUCACGAAUCCGAUGAUUGGUUAUAUCCCUAUCAGGCGUCACUGCAAUAUACCGACAAUAUAACUUAUCUGCACGAACAACGUCGUCGGCUGAAUACGACCUAUUGUUAUUAUGCCACCACGGCCAGUUAUCAGCUGGUAUGGCGCCAGCAAAAAUAUAGUUCCCAUCAGCUGUUCCACACACCCAAGGCGAUGACAUAUUUCAAUAUGCUACCUUGGGGUUUUCGUCUGCAGCUAAACUCACCAUACAAGCAGGCUCUCAAUUCGCUCAUACAUCGGGUCCAUUCGGCGGGAUUGAUAACAGCAUGGCAUGAUAGUUUGUUUUGGGAUAUGUUAAAAUUAAAUGAGGUAUCAAUGCGCGAUCUAAAUCCCACACAGUAUCGGAAGGUGUUAACGGCGGAAGAUUUAUUUUGGGUUUGGAUGAUUGUCGUCAUUGGAAUGGCUUGCAGUUCUGCAGUAUUUUUGUUCGAGUUAUUGGUGAAGAAAAAAUGGGGAAAAUAA